AACUUCAGCAUGCAACUGUGCUAUAGGGACUUCAGAGUAAUCCUCUGCACGGCACAAACAGAUACAUUUGAAAAUGGAUUUAAAGGAGACAUACAGAGAGGGAGAGAAUACAGAGGAGAAAAUUACUCGAGCUGCAGCUGCUAAGUUGGUGAAAAAAGCUUUUCUUGAAGCCCUGAAGUCCAAUGACUUUGAAACCCUGGAGGAGCUCUUGAGCCAAAAGAAAAUAGACGUGGACACAGUGUUUGAAGUGGAAGAUGAAAACCUGAUUCUGGCAUCCUACAAACAAGGGUACUGGCUGCCUAGCUACAAAUUAAAAAUAUCCUGGGCAACUGGACUUCAUCUGGCUGUCAUGUAUGGACAUCUGGAGAGUCUUUUAGUCCUCCUCAAUCACAAAGCUACAAUCAACUGCCGGCCCAAUGGAAAAGCUGCGAUCCACAUAGCCUGUGAAAUGGCAAAUGUCGAGUGUCUCAAGAUCCUUUGCAACCACGGAGCUAAGCUGAACUGCUUUUCAAUGAGUGGGCAGGCACCCUUGCACUUCUGCACGACACGAGCCUCCAUGCCUUGUGCCCAGCAGCUGAUUUGGAGAGGAGCAAAUGUGAACAUAAGAACAAACAACAAAGAUGAGGAGACUCCUUUGCACGUCGUUGCACGUUUGGGUGUCCCAGAGCUUGUGGCCUUUUACGUGGAACAAGGAGCACACAUUGAUGCUCUCAAUGCCUACAUGGAGACUCCCCUGGCCUGUGCAGUCUAUUGGGCCCUUCAUUAUAAGGAUCAGAUAUACAGCCAGGAUCACCACCUCAUCUGCCGGAUGCUCUUAGACUAUAAAGCUGAAGUGAAUGCUCGUGAUGAGGAUUUCAAAUCACCGCUCCACAAAGCUGCCUGGAACUGUGAUCAUGUCCUUCUGCAUAUGUUGCUGGAGGCAGGAGCAGAAGCAAAUAUCAUGGAUGUCAAUGGCUGUGCACCCCUACAGUAUAUCAUAAAAGUGACAUCUGUGCGGCCAGCUGCUCAGCCAGACAUCUGCUACCAGCUGCUACUGAAUCAUGGAGCAGCUAGGAUAUAUCCUCUGCAAUUCCAUAAGGUGCUACAAGCCUGUCAUUCCCAUCCUAGAGCUGUGGAGGUCGUUGUCAAUUCCUAUGAACAUAUCAAAUCGACAUCUAAGUGGAAAGCAGCCAUACCUGAGGAUGUCUUUGAGCGGCACCAGGAUUUCUAUGACUCUCUGUUCACCGUGUGCAGCAAUUCCCCACGGUCACUCAUGCAUUUAUGCAGAUGUGCGAUUCGGGCAAUAUUGUCAGAAAGGUGCCAUCGGGGAGUGCCCUUGCUCUCCAUCCCUCUGCCCAUAAAGAAGUACUUGCUGCUGGAACCAGAAGGAAUCAUCUACUGAGCUGCCACAGAGUGGACAUUGGUUUCUCCCUUCCUGUAUCCUGUGCAGGGUCCUGGAGCUCCAGACACAAUCCUGACACAGCCCUUUGCAUGUGUCCAUUUGCAGGCCAACCUGAAGCUGGGCUGGGAUUUACCAGCUCCCCUUGGAGCUGCUUUCUUUCCCUACACCAAGAAAUCACAGCUGCAGCUGCAGUUUGCACUGGGGAGGCAGAGCUGGAAAGGGCCGCUGCUGCAAACACACAUGGGCACAUACUGCCAUGCUUUGUUUAGCCUAGCUUAAACAAUGCUGCUGCUUCCUUCAGUAUUUAUUCCACUGCCUGCUAGAUAGCAUUAGAUUCAAUCUGUACAACUUUUGAUACUGUUUCACUAUAAUUUUCUUCAGCUGUCCUUUUGGGGGUAAAAGAAAGAAUACUGUCAAAAAAUAGGACAUUUAUUAGAGUCACAGAAAUGUUUUCCCAGAAAGAAAUGGGCAAAGUGCUUUAAAUUGUGACCACAGACAGGCUUUCAGUAGUUUCUCUAUAUUCCUAUUGAUUGACUCUUAAUUCAAUGUUAGUUCACUGUUCACUACACCUGUCUGUUUCUCAUAAAGCUUUGUCAUAAUU